AUGAAGGUUCUGUUCUUUAACCCGUGGGCGCUGCAGAUGAAGGUUCUGUUCUUUAAACCGUGGGCGCUGCAGAUGAAGGUUCUGUACUUUAACCCGUGGGCGCUGCAGAUGAAGGUUCUGUUCUUUAACCCGUGGGCGCCGCAGAUGAAGGUUCUGUUCUUUAACCCGUGGGCGCUGCAGAUUAAGGUUCUGUUCUUUAACCUGUGGGCGCUGCAGAUGAAGGUUCUGUUCUUUAACCCGUGGGCGCCGCCAGGAGUUUGUUCUUACGUGCAGAUGAAGGUUCUGUUCUUUAACCCGUGGGCGCUGCAGAUGAAGGUUCUGUUCUUUAACCCGUGCGCGCCGCAGAUGAAGGUUCUGUUCUUUAACCCGUGUGCGCUGCAGAUGAAGGUUCUGUUCUUUAACCCGUGGGCGCUGCAGAAUAAGGUUCUGUUCUUUAACCCGUGGGCGCUGCAGAUGAAGGUUCUGUUCUUUAACCCGUGGGCGCUGCAGAUGAAGGUUCUGUUCUUUAACCCGUGGGCGCCGCAGAUGAAGGUUCUGUUCUUUAACCUGUGGGCGCUGCAGAUGAAGGUUCUGUUCUUUAAACCGUGGGCGCUGCAGAUGAAGGUGUCUUAA